ACAAAGUGGUUUUCCAAUUUCAAAACCUCACACAAAAGUCAACUCCUAUUUCUCUCUCUCCUUAUUCUUUUCAUCUUCUUCCUCCCAGCUUCUCUUUCAAUCUCUCCAUGUGGAAAAUGAAACAUCGGGUUUAGCGUUUUUCGGAAGUUAGAUUUGUUUCCGGGGUUUUUUGUUUGGGGUUUCCUCGAUGGGUAACGGUUUCGCGAAGCUAAGCAUCUGCUUCACCGGCGAGGGAGGAGCUCGCCGGAGGCAGGAUAUAUCUGUUUUGAUAUCGGACCCUCUUGAUGAAGGUUUGGGUCACUCUUUCUGCUACAUCAGACCUGACCAGUCUCGGCUCUCAUCUUCCAAGGUUCACUCUGAAGAAACCACCACCUUCCGAUCAAUCUCAGGCGCUUCUGUAAGUGCCAACACAUCAACUCCUCUCUCUACAGCCUUUGUAGAUCUCUAUUCUUACAAUAGUAUUGAUCGAGCCUCGGCUUUCGAGAGCUCAACGUCGUUUACUUCCAUUCCUCUGCAACCAAUUCCCCGAAAUUGGAUGAAUUCAGGCCCAAUACAGGGAAGUUACGGCGGAAUUCCGGGUUCCGGUCCCCUUGAGAGAGGGUUUUUAUCGGGGCCGAUUGAGAGAGGGUUCAUGUCAGGACCGAUUGAUCGGGGGUUGUUUUCAGGUCCUCUUGAAAAGAGCAGUACUGAUCAGUUUCAGAGGAGUUAUUCUCAUGGUGGGUUUGCUUUUAGACCCAGAUCGAGGAAAGGGUCACUGAUUCGUGUUCUUCAGAGAGCAAUAUCUAAGACGAUAUCGCGUGGCCAGAACUCGAUUGUGGCUCCAAUUAAAGGCGUUGUUUCGGUAAAAGAACCGGAUUGGCUUGUUGGGUCGGAAAAGCACAAUGAGAAUCUCACUGUGAGUAGUGUGAAUUUGAGCAGUGAUGGGAGUUUGGAGGAUGAUGAUUCGCUAGAAAGUCAGAAUCUUCAAUGGGCUCAAGGGAAAGCAGGGGAGGAUCGAGUUCAUGUCGUGGUUUCGGAGGAGCAUGGCUGGGUUUUUGUAGGGAUUUAUGAUGGAUUCAACGGCCCUGAUGCACCUGAUUAUUUAUUAUCCAAUUUAUACUCUGCUGUUCACAAGGAGCUCAAGGGUUUGUUAUGGGAUGACAAGCAUGAAUCCAAUCCAGUUGCAGCCCCUGCCUCCUCCCCUGUUCCUUCAGAAGCUUCCAAUUCAGAACUGGAAGAUUCACAUCUUGGUUCUGAUGUUGAUUUAGCUAGAAAUAGGAUGGUGGAUGGUUGUUCUCAUUGUUCUUAUCAAGAGUAUUAUCCAUCGGGGAGUGGGGAUGUGAAGUUUGAUUCAAAUUCAAAGAGAAAGAAGGGUAAGAAUUCGAAGAACAAGUACAAGGGUGCAGCAAAGAAAUGGGAGGAGAAUCAGAGGAGGUGGAAGUGUGAGUGGGACAGGGAGAGAUUAGAGCUCGAUCGAAGGUUAAAGGAGCAAUUGAAUGGAUCUAAUACCGAUGGCUCGAGAUCUAUUAACCAUUCAGAUGUAUUGAAAGCUCUGUCUCAAGCCUUGAGAAAAACAGAGGAGUCGUAUUUGGAAAUAGCUGAUAAGAUGGUUAUGGAAAAUCCGGAGCUGGCCCUCAUGGGAUCUUGUGUUCUUGUAAUGCUGAUGAAGGGGGAGGAUGUUUAUGUGAUGAAUGUAGGUGAUAGUCGAGCAGUUUUAGCUCAGAAGGCGGAGGCUGAUAUCUGGCUUGGGAAGAUCCGGCAGGACUUGGAAAGGAUCAAUGAAGAAACAUUGCAUGAUCUUGAAGCGAUGGACAAUGAUAACUCCAACAUGAUUCCUACUUUAUCUGCUUUUCAGCUUACUGUGGACCACAGCACCAGUGUGGAGGAGGAAGUUCGGAGAAUAAAAAAUGAACACCCUGAUGAUGCUUGUGCUGUGAUGAAUGAUCGUGUGAAAGGUUCAUUGAAAGUCACUCGAGCUUUUGGGGCGGGUUUUCUCAAACAGCCUAAAUGGAACAAUGCACUUCUAGAGAUGUUCAGAAUAGACUAUGUUGGCACCUCUCCAUACAUCAGCUGUCUCCCAUCUCUUUACCACCACAGAUUAGGCCCAGAAGAUAGGUUUUUGAUAUUAUCAUCUGAUGGUUUAUAUCAAUACUUGACAAAUGAAGAGGCUGUUUCUGAAGUUGAACUUUUCAUCGCAUUAUCCCCUGAUGGAGAUCCUGCACAGCAUCUGGUCGAGGAAGUGCUCUUUCGCGCAGCAAAAAAAGCUGGUAUGGACUUCCAUGAGCUGCUUGAAAUACCACAAGGGGAUAGACGACGGUACCAUGAUGAUGUUUCGAUUAUUGUUAUUUCAUUGGAGGGCAUGAUAUGGAGAUCAUGUGUAUAAGUAAAGAAAACAACAGAUAGAAGAUAUAGAGACGUCGGUUUAAAAAAGUCGGGCAUUUCCGUUUUGGCUGUGUUUUUUUCCUUGUCACCUUUGUAUUAUACCAAUUAAGCUCCCUGGACAGUCUGGAGAGUUGGCUGUGUGAUCUACUGGGUGGUAAGGUGUGUAAAGGCGUACAAAUCUGGUUCAUGUUGAUUAUAAACUGUCAUAGAAAAUUGUAAUUUUCUAAUAAAUGACAUUCCUUAAAAAGGGGUUUUGUUCAUAGGCA